CUGCGCGCAACAGUGGCAUCCUGGUGAAAUGACGCAAGCCACAGUUUACGUUCAGUCCUCGAGGCUCUGAGCUCUCCGCUCUCCAUAGCGCAGAUCCCGCCCGACUCACAGCCCGGAAGACCGACCGGCUAUCCUCCAGUGGACCGAGCGGAACCGGUUCAUCUGAGUGAGAGUGAGAUGAGGAGAGGUUUCAGAGUGUGAGGCCAUGGGCUGCACCUCGGCCAAGCAGGUGUCGGCCGUGCCCAACGAUGAGGAGGGACGCGGCAAGGCCUACAGCAACGGAGACCUCUUCACUGAUGAAUACAAGAUGAAGGGAGUGGAGGAGGUGAAGUACAUGAGAGGGGAUGAAAACCGGGUGAAUGCACGCAACCAGGAGAACCUGGAGAAGAGUAAUGUGCAGUACAGGGGCAAACAGCAGAAAGAGGUCUCUUCAACAAACAUCAAGUCAAAUAUUCACACGUCAGAGAGCCAGCAGGAAUUUUUCAGGAUGCUGGAUGAGAAGAUUGAGAAGGGGCGAGACUACUGUUCGGAGGAGGAGGAGGAAGAUGGGACAUAGCACAGAGGCCCCCAAGAUUCAGCCCCGCAGAGAGCCUCACAGUGUGUGUGUAUGUGUGUGUGAGAAUGCGUACAUGUGUGCUUAUGUGUGCCUGAGAGAGAGAGAUUUGAAUCAGUGUUUUACCAGUGGGGCGUUCAUGUGACGGGACACUGUACGCGUUGGUAUGAGCAUGUGUGUGAUUUUGAACGUAUGGCAAAGAUAAUAUUUUAAUCGAAAGUGAAAGAGUAAGGGAGAGAAUGGGAUAAAGAAGACUUUCUUUAGAGCCCUCCACUCUUAGCACCUCACCCCUUCGGGCCCCUGAGCAGACAGAUGGAGGUGGCGGAGCGAUGAGGGGACAGACGGAUGAAAGGAGGGAGAGAUGGAGGAGGACGUGACGAAAAAGGACACAGUCAGUCAAACAGAGUAAUUUCCCCAAGAAGGACAGCAGCAGCUCCUCAAUCUGUCCCUCCGUAUAUGUCCGUCUGCACGUCAGUGGUCCGAUCCUGAAUAUUUAACCCCUGCAAUUGGACAAAGGAACUCCAAAACAUGGAGGCCCAGUCAGGACAAACGUUUUGGUGGGUGUGUGGAGGACUGAGAAGAAGAAAGGAAACCUGAGGAGGAAGAGAUGGUGAAGGCAGAGGAGUUGUAUAACACAACCAGGAUCCACGCUAAACUUUUGGGCCUGCCUACCUACAGCCAGGCUGGCCUGGGCCAUGAGGGACUGAGAGAACGGGUGAGGGUGGGUGAUGGAAGAAAGUAUGAAAUUUGUGAUAUUUUAAUAAGAAAGAUUAGGGAGCGAGCCGGUGAUUUAGAAACUCUAAACUCCUGCCUUCUGAAGUCAAGGACAUUUUUUUUAAUUUGUUUUCACAGACACUCGUUCAGUUAAUUUUUCCCCUUCUUCAGUUUGUUUUACUCUUGGCUUCCUUCGUAGUGUAUCAUCAUCUUCGCCAAUGUCUUUAUCAUCCUCCUCACCACAGCAGGCAGACUGAAGCUGUGUUAAUUCAGAGCAUCUGUGUCUCAACCCGAUACAUCCUCCUUCAUAUACCAUAACACUGCAGAUCCUAUCUGACACACACAUACAUGGAGUCUUUUAUUGUACAUAUCGUAGCACACACUCAUUCCAACACUCCCCAGCGUGUACAUAAACCACACACACACAAACACACACAUUGUAUCCCUUUCAUUUCACCAGCAGACUGUCAUGUGCAUCAAUCAGAGGUAUUCUGUAAAGCUCUGUUUCUGCUUUGAUUCAGUGUUCCCACACACACACACUCACACACACACACACAUUCAUACACACUCUGGCACUGAAGCAGAAAACCCGGGGCUGGGCUCGAGAGGAGGAUGCGUGGUUGCCGUGCAGACACAGACCUGAUCACAUUUUUUGUUGUCAUCUUUACCGGAUACUUCCUGUUGUAUUAUUUUGAAUACUUUUUUUCUAUUAAAAAUAAAAACGAAGAAGCUCUUAA